AUGGACCAAUCCGUCAUCCCAGUCCUCACGAUAUCGCUCUCCCGCCACCUUCACAACCGCGAUAUAAAUGAAGGUUUGAAAGAACAAUGGUCUGAAGCCAAUGUUGCCACUGAGAUAUCUUCACGAUUCACCAAUAUUGGGUUCAAUCUCAACGCAGAUGGGUCAAACCUCGGAGGCCUCAAGAUAAAACUGGAGGAGCGUGAAUGGAGUGGUAUCAUAAUUGGUUGGUGUGCGCGGGGGAACAUCGAGUUCACGGAGCUAUUCGAAUCUACCGUGGCUAUUUGUGUGGAUCACAUUGUACUAGGGAAGCAGGGCAAUACUUCUCGGAAGGAACCUAAGCUUAUCUUCUGUCGGGGGCCUCAAGACCUUGUUAACGCUACAUUGCGAAACUUCCCAUUGGACGACUGA